AAAAUUAUAAAGGAAAACAAAGUCAAUUUUCCAUUGACUAUUUACUCCUCUCUUCUUCCAAAGGGUUAAGAAACUACCAAUUAAGUGAUUAUCAAGUUUAAUUGCAAAAUCUUUAAUCAAUUAGGUUUUAAUAAAGGAAGAAUAGGGGACUCCCGAAGUUUGAUGCCACAUCGGGAGUUUCCCUUUUAACUAUAUAGAGAUAUAAAAAUAUUCCUUUAGCUCCAUUUUUGUUUAAUCUAUACAACGAUUAAUUUGGAACCGAGGGAGAGUAAUUUCUUUUUACUAAAGUGACAAAAAUAUUGAGGUAUAAAUAUACCAAAGAAAUAAAUAAAGGCAUCAACCAAAAAGGAAAAAAAUAAAAGAAAAAGGAUAAAAACAAAAAUGAGAAUAGAGAGUAAUUAAUGAGGCAAGAAAUCAAAUAAAAAUUGACUAUAAAACAUCUACAUAAACUCUCUCUCAUCAUCACAUUGCUCUACUCUCACUUCCCACCACCCACCCUUUUCUACUCCUCUCUCUUUCUCUCUCCUAGUCUAGUGCCACAAUACUUUUCUGUUCUCUUCUACUUUGCUAGAAAGAAAACAGAACUGUUUUGGCACAAAACUGAAGGAAAAGAGGAGGAUUAACUAACUUAAUUACCUCAAAAAAAAACCCACAUUGUGAAAUUCCCAAAGAAAUCCUCUGUUUUUUUGACCCAAAAUCCCCUGUUUUUGACCCCAAAUCCUCUGUUUUGGGGGGGUGAAAAUGGCGGAUUUAAUUCAAGAUCAGCUGUUACAAGCAAGGGGAGAUUUAUCAUCACAAUUAGAAUUAAUGUGGGAGACAAUAAAAACACCAUUGAUAGUACCAUUGCUUAAACUUGGUGUGGUUGUUUGUUUAGCAAUGUCAUUGAUGUUGUUUAUGGAAAGGCUUUAUAUGGGUAUUGUAAUUGUUCUUGUUAAACUGUUCUGGAAGAAGCCUGAAAAACGUUACAAAUGGGAAGCAUUACCUGAUUCUAUUGAUGAUAUUGAAACGGGCGGCUCAAAUAAGUUCCCUCAUGUUCUUAUUCAAAUCCCUAUGUUCAAUGAGAGAGAGGUUUACAAAGUAUCAAUUGGAGCAGCUUGUAAUCUUUCAUGGCCGGCUGAUCGGAUGGUGAUUCAAGUGCUUGAUGACUCAACUGACCCGGUUAUCAAGGAUAUGGUGGAAUUAGAAUGCCAAAGAUGGGCUAGCAAAGGGCUUAACAUAGUAUACCAAAUAAGAGAAAACCGGGUUGGUUACAAAGCUGGUGCUCUUAAGGAAGGUUUAAAGAGAGACUACGUCAAGCAUUGCGAGCAUGUUGCCAUUUUCGAUGCCGAUUUCCGACCGGAGCCCGAUUACCUCCGACGAGCCAUCCCGUUCCUUAUGCACAACCCUGAAUUAGCCCUUGUUCAAGGCCGUUGGAGAUUCGUGAAUGCAAACGAAUGUCUAAUGACAAGAAUGCAAGAGAUGUCACUUGAUUACCAUUUUAAAGUGGAGCAAGAAGUGGGGUCAUCUACUCAUGCCUUCUUUGGAUUCAAUGGAACUGCUGGUGUAUGGAGAAUAGCAGCCAUUGAUGAGGCCGGAGGGUGGAAGGAUCGAACAACAGUUGAGGACAUGGAUCUUGCUGUUCGAGCCAGUCUUCGUGGAUGGAAAUUUGUUUAUCUUGGUGAUCUACAGGUUAAAAGUGAAUUGCCAAGUACCUUCAAGGCUUUCCGGUUUCAACAACAUCGAUGGUCCUGUGGCCCUGCUAAUCUCUUCAGGAAAAUGGUGAUGGAGAUUGUCAGAAAUAAGAAUGUUAGAUUCUGGAAGAAAGUGUACACAAUCUACAGCUUUUUCCUAGUGCGAAAGAUCACAGCUCAUAUGGUUACCUUUUGCUUCUACUGUGUGAUUCUUCCUUUGACAAUACUUAUUCCUGAAGUUGAAGUUCCAAUUUGGGGAUCAGUUUACAUCCCUUCAAUUAUCACCAUCCUCAACUCUGUUGGAACCCCAAGGUCAAUUCACCUUCUGUUUUACUGGAUCCUGUUUGAGAAUGUGAUGUCCUUGCAUCGGACUAAGGCGACACUCAUCGGGCUCUUCGAAGCAGGCAGGGCAAACGAAUGGGUUGUGACUGAGAAACUCGGAGAUUCACAGAAAAACAAGGGGAAUGCUAAAGAGAAAUCAUCCAGUAUCAAAGCUGCAAUGAAGAAAGUGCGAGCUAAGGUCCUAGACAGAAUGAACUUCUUGGAGUUGAUAGUUGGAGUAUUCCUCUUCGCCAUUGGGUGCUAUGAUUUUAUGUAUGGCAAGUGGAGUUACUACGUCUACUUCUUCCUCCAAAGUAUCUCCUUCUUCAUUGUUGGCUUCGGCUAUGUGGGCACCAUCAUCUAGACUCCUUCCAUCGUUCAAAGGCAUGAUUUUAUCAAAAUACAAAAUCUGCACAAAUUACCUUCUUUCCCUGUACUCCUUGGAUGUUAUGAUUGUGCAUCUUGCAUUCGACAAAUUGUUAGUGCAAAUGUCUAUUUUAUUACAUCAACUCGAAUGAGUCGUUGUAAUAAUUCAGAAUUAUAUAUAGAGGCCAUUUUUCUUUGAAUUGCAACAAUGCAUUCAGGAAUCAGAAGCAACAUCAUCAUCAUCAGCAGCAGAACGAUCGAGUGUAGAAGGUAUAGAGAGAUACAGAUGAAAGAUUGUAUUUUUUUUUUUGUCUGGAAAUUCUGUGGGAUAACCAGUAAUUUAGGUAUUGUAUUCUGUUUAUGUUGAUUGAUUGAGUUUUAGUCUUGUUUAGUUUUGUUAAGGAAUUGCAUGGUCAAAACAAUAAGACUAGUAUAGUAUUGUCUUAAGUUAUAGUGUACUAAACAAGUUGGAUAUUUGAAAUCGAUAUAUUGAUAAAUGUCAGUAUAGUUCAUUCAGUUGAUUCACUCAACAAA